AUGAGAGCUAGCCAAGUUGCUCUUUUGGACCUCUCAAAGACUGUAAUUGAGGAUGACAAAGUGCCCCGUUGUUUGAGCUCAACCAGGAAAAGGGGUGGACUUGACUUUGAUAAGGACAAGUUUUUACUUGAUGUCUCUGAAAUCAGAGAAUUUAAUUCUGUAGAAGAUAGACCAGAUGACAUACAGCUGUCACAGGAAAUAACUCCAAAGGCAAGACAAACUAAACAAGAGGCUGUCAGAACUCCAGUAAAAUCAGUCAGUGUGAUCCCUAAGAAGAAGAGAAGAUUGUUGCCGAAGACUUCUACAGUUCUUUUUGUGACAGGCUGUACUGGGGAUCUGGACAAUCGCACACCGUCGCUGUCAGCUAUCACAAGUUCACAGAAUACAGAAUGUCUCCAUGAGAACAAAGAUGUAACAAAGGAUGGCCCUGUUAAGAGAACAAAGUGUUCUAGUGGAGAAAAACAUUUCUUUAGAAGUGGACCUAAUUCCAUAUGGAAAGAGGACACUGAAAAUCCUGGGAAGAUUUUGACAAGCACUCCUGUCUCCUCGACUCAGACACGGUUUCAAAGACCAGAAGUGAAUUUGACAUGUGUGCCCCGUCCAUGUUUUGAGGAUGAGUUGGAGAUCAAUGAAUCAAUCGAAGUGAAUUCUGAUGAGAUAGUACCAGAAGAUCUGACCAAGGAAGAUAUUUUUACAGAGGAAGUGACUAUUUUACCAGAGAAACACAAAGGCUGUGAGAGGAAGAAUUCUCAGAAAACACCUGAAAAAUACAGAAAAUUGGUGUCAAUUUCUUCAUCUAAGACUGCUCAUCAUGUGAAGUCCUCAGUCAAGUCUGCUCUUGAAUCUGUGGACACCAGUUUCUGUAAGAAGUUAUCUGUUAAACCCAUCACAAAGUCAUCAAUGGUGUCAAAGAUUACAGAAUGUUAUCUAACGGAUCCCAGUGUGGCCUUUCCUCACAAGAAAAGUAUAUGUUAUGGAAAAACUUCACAGGAAAUGUUCAGGGAUAGGACAGGAUUAUCAGAAGAUAUCUUGUUGACACACAAUUUUAAAAGAAGAUGACAGCUUCUUUAUUACUAUCCUCUGUGGAUUAUGUGAUGCACUGUCUUAGGAAGAUGACAGCUUUAUAACUAUCCUCUGUGGAUUAUGUGAUCCACUGUCUCAGGAAGAUGAUAGCUUCUUUAUAACUAUCCUCUGUGGAUUAUGUGAUCCACUGUCUUAGGAAGAUGACAGCUUCUUUAUAACUA